AUGAAGUUUCCAAGUAUCGAAGAUUUUAAGGAAAUAGCAAAUUCAUUUUCAAAUAAAAAUAAAUUUCCACAUUGCUGUGGGAAUCUGGACGGAAAACACAUUCGUAUCGUAAAGCCACAACUCUCUGGAAGCAUGUAUUUCAACUACAAAAAUUAUUACUCAAUUGUUUUAUUAGCGGUGUCCGAUUCAGACAACACAUUUCGCAUCAUUGACGUAGGUGCAUACGGGAAAAAUAGUGAUGGAGGCGUUUUCAGCAAUUCAAAAUUUUUUCAAGAACUUAACAGUGGAAAUAUUCAAUUACCACCCGAGGAACGAUUACCGAAUAGUGAUAUUGUGGCACCAUAUGUAUUUUUAGGGGACGAGGCUUUUCCUUUGAAAACGUUCAUAAUGAGACCUUAUCCAAGAACACAAGCAACAGGAAAUGCAGAUAAAUCAAGAUUUAAUUUCAAAUUGUCUACUACAAGGGUCGGUAUAGAAUGCACCUUUGGAAUGGCUGCUAGUAAAUUUAGAAUUCUUUUAAAAAGCAUCGAAACAUCUGUGGACAAUUCAAUUAAAAUUGUAAAGGCAGUCUGUCUGUUGCACAAUAUUAUAAUACACAGAGAUAAGAGAGAACCAGAAUUAUCUGUAACAAAUAAUCAAUUAAAUAACAAUUUUGGAAGACUUCCUCGUAAUAGAGUUAAUAAUCGUGCUACAAUAACAGCAAUUAACGCUAGAGAACUCUUCACCACUUAUUUCCUUAAUAGAAAUGAUUCCUAA